GGAAAUUGGAGUAAUGAAAAUAAGAUAAAACAUGAAGCAGACGGAUUUCGGAAAUUGUAGAAUGACGGAAUUUGCUUGUGAUGAUUAAUGUAAUAAUUAUUUAAAAGUGUUAAAUUAUCACUGAGUGAGCAUGUUACUUGGGAAAUCCAUUCGUGGUAUUAUUGCUGUUUCGUAUAAGUUAUACUGACAAUCUUGAAUUGUUGCUCGAAGGCAUAUUUGUUCUUUACUUUUUCAAGUGUGUUUAGAAUAAUGUUAUAUAAUCUAUUUACUUUUGCUGCGGUGCAUUACGUUUUGUAGCACACAUAUUCUUGGAAAAUCACGUUUUAUUUUAAGUUGAUUGUAAUCGAUGAAAAUGUCGGACGAAGAAGAUAAGCCACCGGCACCUCCUGUUCGACUCACUAGUAAUAGUAGUUUCCGGGUGGCCAGAGGUGAUAACUCGCCUAAUAUUCCAGUAGACAUGAGACCGCUUCCGAAAGAACCCGACAACGAUGAUAAGAAAAAGAAAACUAAUAAAAGUAAAACCGUUCGAAUAAAGCAUAAAGUAGAUUCCGAAAAACCCAACAUAUCAUAUCCAACCAAUUUCGAACACACCGUUCAUGUCGGUUUCGAUGCGCAUACGGGAGAGUUUACAGGAAUGCCGGAAGCAUGGGCUCUAUUACUUAUGAGCUCGAAUAUCAGUAAGCAAGAGCAAAAGAAAAACCCUCAAGCGGUCCUGGAUGUAUUGAAAUGGUUCGAUAGCUCGAGUAAAGAAAGCGAAGGAUCUAAGUAUAUGACCACUACAAAGAUGGUUGCUCACGAUGAUAUAUCAAGGCCUACUCUUAGACAUGGAGAAAGUGGCUCGUCGCAAAGUCAAAAUUCAGGUUUGAGUCAACCAUCGAGUAGUACACCAUCAUCUACAACUCCAACCGAUACUGAAGGUACAACAGGUAUCACUUCCGAAGAAGAACCUACUCCACCACCCAUCGCUGUGAGACCUGAACGCACAAAGUCAAUUUACACCAAACCAGUCGAAGACGAAGUAUCGGAAACGUUACCGAAGACUGCCAAUGGUACGGUACCAUUUACAUCGGUUUUGGAUAAGAAUAAAAAUGCCACUGUACCUACCUCACCUCCUCCUGUAUCAUCUGCUGUUAAUACGACCCAAGUCAAUACACCAACCACAACACCAGCUAAUAGUACGACAACGCAAAGGCGAAAGAAAAUGUCAGACGAAGAGAUCGUUGAAAGACUACGAACCAUCGUUAGCAUCGGUGAUCCGAAUAGAAAAUAUACCAAAAUGGAGAAAAUUGGUCAAGGAGCUUCUGGCACUGUGUACACAGCCAUAGAAACAUCUACUGGUAUCGAGGUAGCCAUUAAACAAAUGAAUCUAUCCCAACAACCGAAGAAAGAGCUGAUAGUAAACGAAAUUCUCGUUAUGAGAGAAAAUAAACAUCCGAAUGUUGUAAAUUAUCUAGACAGUUAUCUAGUCGGUGAUGAAUUAUGGGUUGUUAUGGAAUAUUUACCUGGUGGAUCGUUGACCGAUGUCGUUACUGAGGCAUUCAUGGAUGAAGGUCAAAUCGCCUCUGUUUGCAGAGAAGUUCUGCAAGCGUUACAGUUCCUUCAUUCCAAUCACGUUAUCCAUAGAGAUAUCAAGUCUGAUAAUAUUUUACUCGGUUUGGAUGGAAGCGUUAAAUUAACUGACUUUGGUUUUUGUGCCCAAAUCUCGCCGGAACAAUCGAAAAGAACGACUAUGGUUGGUACACCGUACUGGAUGGCUCCAGAAGUGGUGACUAGGAAGCACUACGGACCUAAAGUUGAUAUCUGGUCUCUGGGCAUAAUGGCUAUUGAAAUGAUCGAAGGAGAACCUCCUUAUUUAAAUGAGAAUCCUUUACGAGCUUUAUAUUUAAUAGCCACUCAUGGCAAACCAGAAAUCAAAGAGAAAGAAAAAUUAUCGCAGAUCUUCCAAGACUUUUUAGACAAGUGCCUUGUUGUCGACGUUGAUGAACGAGCUUCUGCUUCAGAAUUACUGAAGCAUCCUUUCUUAAAGUUAGCUAGACCGUUGAAUAGUCUAACGCCAUUGAUAAUUACCGCAAAAGAAGCGGCCAAAGAAUCGGCGAAAAAUCAUUGAUCGUUGAUACACGUACUGGACUUCGAACUUACGUUUUCAAAUGAAACGAAUUUUGUUACAUUAGUUAAUCUUGUUACCUUUUUAAAUUCCUUUAUAUAUCUUAUAAUGCCGUUUACAAAGCGAAUGGUACACACAAGGCAGAUCUCAGUCGACGGAAACCAUUCUUAAUAAUUCGUAUUACCUGAAGCAUUUAUUCGUCGUUUUCGAUUCGUUCUUUGCAGGGUGUCUUUGUUAAUAAUAAUUUACUCCUAAGUGUUUCGCAUAUCCGAGAACUUCUAAAAAUAGGGCUUGGUUUUUCCCUUCUUUUCCUUGUGUAAAUAAAUGUGUUGACUCGAUUUAUAGAUAAUUUUAUACCGAACUCGACGAUACGUGUCAAGAUUCCCCAGGGGGUUUGAGUUAUUAACCGUUUUUACUCUCGCUAUUUAUUUACUCUUUUAUUUGUUUUAUUAACGAAUUUUAUCGAUAACGUUUUACGUAAUUCAUAUCAAAUGAUUUUUUCUCUUUGAUUAUUGUUUAAGAAAAAUGUCUUUAAAAUUGCGUAAUUGAUAAGUAAGAAUUUUGAGCUAUGUGGUAGAGUUGAGAUCGUGUAAAUGAUGUAUUUGCGUUUUACAACGUUUUGUUUAAUCUUUCGAGUGUUUUAUUGACUGUUGUUCGUAUUUUUGAAUUUUCAACGUAGGUAGAGAAUUACUAUCGAAGAAAUUCUAUUCUUCAACGAAAACUUACCUGAGUUUUAAGUGUAAAAAUUGCUCAUCGAUUUAAGAACACGUUGGCGAUAAAAUUACGAUACAUCGAAUUUACCAGAAUAACGAAAUACGCCUAAGGUUUAUAAAAUUCUAAUUAAAUUUUAAACAAAUUAUUCUGAAAGUUUCUCGGAUAUGACGUGCUUGUCAUAGAAUCUAAGUCUAUCCCUUAGUCAAUCCCGGUGUUAUAUUUAUUAAGAAAAAUACUCGCUGCGACAACGAAGUAUAAUUUUUUUUUAAUUUUACGGUAACGAACGAUUAACAAAAUGGUUUUAAAAAAAGUAAUCAGUGUAAGUAUAUUUUUAUCUAAUGCUU